UCCGCUACUGCGUGUGAAAAGUUAGUUGAAAUCUCGGAGAAGUUUGGCUUUGCAGGGACUUUAAACGCUACUUUACACGAUCAUAUCAAUACGUUCAUGAUCAGUUUCUGAGUCGGAAGAGGAGCAGAAUAUAGGUUUACUUACCGGGCACUUUUUUUAAACGCUAAGCAUGUCGACGGGCGCCUUGUACAAUGACCAAGGAGGAGCGGAGGCUGCCGUGGAAGCGGGUCAGGAGAGCACCCCGACCUCCUCCAGCGCCGGAGCUGCCUUUGGACUCUUCAGCACUGACUUCAAAAAGAACGAAGACCUCAAAGAGAUGUUGGAGAGCAACAAGGAGUCGCUCAAGCUGGAGGCCAUGAAAAGGAUUGUCGGGCUGAUUUCCAAAGGGAAAAACUCAUCGGAGCUGUUUCCUGCUGUCGUGAAGAACGUUGCGAGUAAGAACAUCGAGCUUAAGAAGCUUGUAUAUGUGUACCUGGUGAGGUACGCAGAGGAGCAGCAGGACCUGGCUUUGCUGUCCAUCAGCACCUUCCAACGGGCCCUGAAGGACCCAAACCAGUUCAUCCGGGCCAGCGCACUGAGAGUCUUGUCCAGCAUCCGGGUCCCCAUCAUCGUCCCCAUCAUGAUGCUGGCCAUCAAGGAGGCGGCGGCUGACCUGUCCCCGUAUGUCAGGAAGACGUCGGCCCACGCUAUCCAGAAGCUUUACAGCCUGGAUGCAGAGCAGAAAGAGCAGCUGAUUGAAGUGAUAGAGAAACUGCUCAAAGACAAAAGCACACUGGUGGCCGGCAGCGUGGUGAUGGCUUUCGAGGAAGUGUGUCCGGAUCGCAUCGACCUGAUCCACAAGAACUACAGGAAGCUGUGCAACCUGUUGGUGGACGUGGAGGAGUGGGGCCAGGUGGUCAUCAUCUCCAUGCUGACGCGCUACGCCAGGACGCAGUUCACCAGCCCCUGGAAGGAGGGUGCCGCGUUCGAUGAGAACAACGAGAAGGCGUUCUACGACUCUGACUCCGAGGAGAGAAAAGAGCAGACGGAGGCCAAGCCCUACGUCAUGGAUCCAGAUCACAGACUGCUGCUCAGGAACACCAAACCUCUGCUGCAGAGCAGGAACACCGCCGUGGUGAUGUCCGUCGCUCAGCUCUACUGGCAUUUGGCCCCAAAGCACGAAGUCAGCAUCGUCACGAAGUCGCUGGUUCGGCUGCUGAGGAGCCAUAGAGAGGUGCAAUACAUCGUGCUUCAGAAUAUAGCCACGAUGUCCAUUCAGAGGAAGGGGAUGUUCGAGCCCUUCAUGAAGAGCUUCUAUGUGAGAUCGACAGACGCCACGCAUAUCAAAACACUGAAGCUGGAGAUCCUGACCAACCUCGCCAAUGAAGCCAACAUCUCCACUAUUCUGAGGGAGUUUCAGACCUACGUGAAGAGUCAGGACAAGGCGUUCGCGGCGGCCACCAUCCAGGCCAUCGGCCGCUGCGCCACCAACAUCUCCGAGGUGACCGACACCUGCCUCAACGGUCUGGUGUUGCUGCUUUCCAACAGAGACGAGACUGUGGUGGCCGAGAGUGUGGUGGUGAUCAAGAAGCUGCUCCAGACUCAGCCCACCGAGCACGGCGAGAUCAUCAAACACAUGGCCAAGCUGUUCGACAACAUCACCGUCCCCAUGGCCCGAGCCAGCAUCCUGUGGCUGAUGGGGGAGUACUGCGAGAGGGUGCCGAAAAUUGCACCUGACGUCCUCCGUAAGAUGGCGAAGAGUUUCACAGCGGAGGAGGACAUCGUGAAGCUGCAGACGGUCAACCUAGCAGCCAAACUCUACCUGACCAACUCCAAGCAGACCAAGCUGCUGACCCAGUACAUCCUGAACCUCGGCAAAUACGACCAGAACUACGACAUCAGAGACCGAACGCGCUUCAUCAGGCAGCUGAUAGUGCCCAACGAGAAGAGCGGCGCCCUCAACAAGUACGCCCGGCGCAUCCUGCUGGCCCCCAAACCGGCCCCCGUGCUCGAGUCUGCCUUCAAAGAUCGAGACCGUUUCCAGCUGGGCACGCUCUCCCACAGCCUCAACAGCAAAGCUGUCGGAUACCAGGAGCUCUCUGAUUGGCCGGCCGUCGCUCCUGACCAAUCUGUGAGGAACGUGGAGGUCGUUGAGCCCGUCAAAGAGUGGACGCCGCUGGCCGGGAAGGCCAAGCAAUCCAAAUCUGACGACAAGUUCUACUCGGACGACGAAGAGGAGAAAGAUGAGGAAGGAUCGGAGAGCAGUGGCAGUGAGGACAGCAGCAGCAGCAGCAGCAGCAGCAGCAGUGAGUCAGGCAAUGAGAGCGAGGAGGAAAGCAGCGACGAGUCGGAAAAGACCUCCAGUGAUUCUGGACAGAGUUCCAGCGGAUCAGAGAAGAGCUCCAGUGAAUCUGAGGCCGAACAGAAGAAGAAGAAGAAAAAGACCAAGAAGGCACCGCAGAGGAAGAGUGAGCCGACUGCCGCCAACAGUGACUCGGAUGAAAACGGCAACGGACCGGUAACCCGAGCCAGCAGCUCGUCACCCGAAAGCUCCUCCGGCUCGGAGACGGACUCUGAGGACGACUCUGAUUCGGACCCCGUCACGCCACAGAAGAAGAAGAAGAGGAGCGGUGCGAUGUCCGAACCCUCGAAGGUGGGAGUGAAGUCCAAGAAGGAAGUCUCCUUACUGGACCUCGAUGACUUUUCUCCUGCACCGACCAACGCUUCCAAGUAUUCAGCCCUCUCCUCGAGCCUCCUGUCCGACCUCGAGGGCCUCUCUCUCUCCAACGUCUCCUCCACCCUGCAGGUCGCCGCUCCGUCUUUCGGCCCCGUGAAAACCCACGAGCUGCUUCACCAUAUGACGGGAAAAGGGCUGUCAGCCAAGUACCACUUCCCCAGGCAGCCCUGUUUGUACCAGCCAAGCAUGGUGGCUGUACAGGUCAUACUGACCAACAGCUCAGACCACGGCCUGGAGGAGAUCCAUGUCGGAGACCAAAGCCCAGCGAGCCUCGACAUCCACUGCUUUAACACCAUCGAGCGGCUGGAGCCAGAGGCCUCGGUGACGGUUUCCAUGGGUAUUGACUUCAGCGACUCGACACAAGCGGCCAACUUCCAGUUGUGCACCAAGGAGGACCGCUUCAGCGUGUCCAUCCAGCCGGCCGUGGGAGAGCUGUUGAUGCCCAGCACCAUGACAGAGCAGGACUUCUGCAAGGAGCAAGGUAAGCUCCUGGGCAUGAAUGAGACCUCGGCAACUGUCACCAUGGCAACAGCAAACACCUCCAGCCAGGCCAUCAGCAAGCAGGUCCUGUCCGUGGCCAACGUGGGGGUGGUUUCAUCCGGCCAGAACAAGCUCCACAGGUUCGCCGGGCGGACGGUCAGCAGCGGAGCCCUGGUCCUGGUUUCGCUGGAGCAGAAGGAGUCCUCCGCGGCCCUGCUCACCAUCAACACGGAGAAGAGCGUCAUGGCGUCCAUGUUGCUCCGAGACCUCAAACAAGCCCUCGCCCAGGCGUAGAGUCCCCCUCCUCUUCCUCCAUACUUUCUUUAGUGCAGGUAAAAGGGGGGGGGGGGGGCGACACUGAAUUAAAGAUUUCAUAGAUCUUAUUUCUGUGGUUCAGGAGAGUUCAGGCACUUUUUUUCCGAAAAACUUUUGUGCUCACAGAGAAUGAACCGGAAACAACAGAAGAGCGCUCAUGCUGCUUUUCUUAUUAUUAUUAUGGUCUGUGGGUUCGGAAAGGAUUGUCCCGAAUCGUCAGAAUAACUCUGUGAAGUCUUGAAUGAAGUGAGGAUCCCCGUGAAAACUCACAGAAGGCAUCGUAGCAGUGGUUCAAAAUAUUAUCGGCGGCACCGCCCCACCUUAAAAAAUGUCCAAGCAGCUUUACGAACCUCUGGAAGCUGCUGCAACACCACGCCGGCCUCUCUGAUGCAGCCUUUACACUGCCCCCAAACCACGUUUAACAAAGUGCCUUCUACGUGAAAUUAAUCAAGCUUCAGACUCAAAUCUGCGAAGUCUUUUUUAUCUGUAUCGCUUUGGCUGAACAAUAAAAAGUGAAUUUA